UGUGUUGUGCCAAUUUAUACCGUUAAAGAGCUGUGAUUCUCAUUCGCCAAGAAGCAGAGAGAUCAUGAGUUCAGUUUGCAUAUCAAACUGCGUGAACGACGCGCGUGACCCGCGCGUUCCCGUGCGGGCAACCUACGUGAACCUCUACAAGUGGCCGGAGUCGGACGCGGAGUUCGUGAGGUCGUUCAGCUCGAGCGACCGCCAGGGAGGGCACGGGCACGGGCACGGGCACCCAAGGGUGGUGGACAGCAUGUCGUGCAGGCAGAUGUAUCUGAGAAGCUACAAGUUUUCGAGGAAAGAGAGCGUGCCGGAGAAGACCCAGAAGUGUUUCGGGCGGGUCAAGGAGAUAAUGGCCGGAAGUAAGAGAAAGCCGACUCGUGGGCUUAAAAGGAAGUGUUUGGUUCUGAGGAAAGUGAAGGAAUUGUCGUGUGCCGCUUUGCUUAGGAUCUUUCACCGCUUUUUGUCUUGCGCUGCUAGUGUAGACGUUGUGGAUGAAAAAGAUCAUUGAAUUUUAUUUGUCGAUCUGUUUUUGUUUUUUGUUUUUAAUUUAAAGGCAUGCUAAAACAAACCAAAACAAAACAAAACAACGAGAGUACGUACGUGUUCGUGUUGGUGGUGCUGUUAAUUAUGUUUCCUUAAUUUUGUUUUAAAUUAUGUUCAGUUCAAGGGAAAAUACUAAA